UUCUAAUGAUAACAUGCAUUUAUAGGGUUUUACAUGCACUACCAUUCAAGUUCCUCCUUUUUGAAAGAAAAGCAGUUUUUUUUUUCAAUGGAAAUAACAUUAAUCAGAAAAACACUUUAUACAAUAUCAAUGUGGUAAAUGACUAUUCUAGCUGGAAAUGUCCGUUAUUAAUGCAAUAUCGACGUAGUUUUAUGUACAGCAAACACUCCAGUGUGCUAAUGGUACAUUGUGCUUGCUAGUUGCCAUAGAAGGAUAAUAGAUGAUUAGAAAACCUGGUGCAAUUACAGUGCCCUCCAGAAUUAUUGGCACCCCUGAAAAAGAUGUGUUUUUUAGCUUCUAAUAUAUAUAUUUUAUUCAAAUAAUGUGAGACCUUAAUGGGAAAAAAAGAGAAAAAUCCAACUUUCAAUACAAGUGCAUUCAUUCAAUGGGGAAAAAAAUCCCACUUAAAGAAAAAAUUGACAUCAAAUAAUGUGUGUCACAAUUAUUAGCACCCCUAGUGUUAAUACUUUGUGCAACCCCUUUUUGCCAACAAAACAAGGUCUGGGGACUGAGAUGGCCAUGGGAGGAGCUUGAUUUUGUGUCUGGUGAACCAUUUCUGUGUAGAUUUGGCCAUAUGUUUAGGGUCAUUGUCUUGCUGAAGGACCCAAAGACGACCCAUCUUCAGCUUUCGGGCAGAGGGCAACAGAUUUUGAUUUAAAAUGUCCUGGUAUUUCAAAGCAUUCAUGAUGCCAUGCACCCUAACAAGGUUCCCAGGGCCUUUGUAAGCGAAACAGCCCCACAGCAUCACUGACCCACCCCCAUACUUCACAGUGGGUAUGAGGUGCUUUUCAGCAUGCGCAUCUUUGGUGGCACGCCAGACCCACUUAGAGUGUUUGUUGGCAAAAAGCUCAAUCUUGGUCUCAUCUGACCAAAGCACACGGUCCCAGUUGAACCCUGGGACCGUGUGUAUUUUUUGUGUGAGACCCAAGAUUGAACUCAAACACUCUAAGUGGUCUAACUUCUAAUGAGGUCUAACGAGGCUCAACUCGUUACCUGUAUUAAUGGCACCUGUUUUAACUCAUUAUCGGUAUAAAAGUCACCUGUCCACAAUCUCAGUCAGUCACACUUCAAACUCCACUAUGGCCAAGACAAAGAGCAGUCGAAAGACACCAGAGACAAAAUUGUAGACCUGCACCAGGCUGGGAAGACUGAAUCUGCUAUAGAUAAAACGCUUGGUGUAAAGAAAUCAUCAAUUAUUAGAAAAUGGAAGACAUACAAGGCCACUGGUUAUCUCCCUCGAUCUGGGGCUCCAUGCAAGAUCUCACCCCGUGGCGUCAAAAUGAUAACAAGAACGGUGAGCAAAAAUCCCAGAACCACACAGGGGGACCUAAUGAAUGACCUACAGAGAGCUGGGACCAUAGUAACAAAGGCUACUAUCAGUAACACAAUGCGCCGCCAGGGACUUAAAUCCUGCACUGCCAGACAUGUCCCCCUGCUGAAGCCAGAACACGUCCAGGCCUGUCUGCGGUUCGCUAGAGAGCAUUUGGAUGAUCCAGAAGAGGACUGGGAGAAUGUGUUAUGAAAUGAAACCAAAAUAGAACUUUUUGGUAGAAACUAGUGCUGCAAAGGUUAAUCAAUUAACUCGAGUAUUCAAUUAGAAAAAUAUAUUCGAAUUCAAUUUUGUUGCUUCGAGUAUUCAUUUAAUUAAAGUGGAGCUGUCAUGGUUUAUUUUGAAAGUGCAUUUAGUUUUAUGGAUUAGGGUGGAUACACUGCCCUCUGGUCUGCCUCUUUUCACAUGGCUUAAUCCAACUGCUCCCUGUUAAGACCAACGUAAGAUAAGUUUUUGUUUGAGCUAAUGUUUUUUAAUGCAUUCAUAAUUCAGUUUAUAGGUAUAUUUAGCCGUUUUUUGUUGGAAUAGGUGUCUGAACCAUUUGUUAAGAUGGUAUUAGUGCUGCAGCUAUCUAAUAUUUUAGCAGUUGAUUAAUCGAUGAACCAGUUAGUUCGAAUAAUCGAGUAAUUGGAUGAGGAACAUACAAAUUUUAAAUAUCUGAGGUGAGCUUCAAAUGGUAGAACGGUAAAAAAUAGAGGAUAUAAGUACAACAAAAUAACAAUUGGCUAACUUAAAAAUGCUAUAGAAAGCUUUUUUUUUUUUUUUUUAUACAAGGCUCUUAGCAAAUGGUUCAAACACAUUUCCCCACAAAAGAAAACUUAAAUAUAGCGAUAAACUAAAUUAUGAAUGCAUUACAAAGAAACAUUAGAUCAAACGAAAAAUUAGCUUAUGUUGGUCUUAACAGGGAGCAGCUGGGAUUCAGCCAUGUGAAAUCAGUUGUCAUAUUCACUGCUGCCACUAGAGGGCAGCAUAUCCACCCAAAUCAAUAAAACUAAAUGCAACUGAAAUGAGUUGUCAUAUUCAUUGUUGCCACUGGAGGGCAGGGUAUCCACCCAAAAUCAAUAAAACUAAAUGCAAACCCUUUCAAAGCAAACCUUUACAACGCCACUUUAAUUAAACAAAUACAAGAAGCAGCAAAAUUUGAUUCGAAUAUUUUUUGUAAUCGAGUUCGAUUAAUUGUUGCAGCACUAAAUGACAUCGAAUACUUUUUUGGGAGUACCAAUAUCAAAAUGAAAAUUUUUGUAUCGUGACAACAGCUAACUUUUUAAAGAGCAUAUGACAGGAGAGAAAAAAAAACUUAAAUAGCAUUAUGUGAAUUAGAAUCAUAUUUUGAGACGAUUCGACUAUAUACAACAAUUUAGCAAAGUGCAGAUGACGAGAAAUUAGUCUUUUAAUCUGCCGGUUAGCCACGCCUACCAUUGUAGGGCUCUAGCGUCCCCAACAGGUGGAUGACGUCAGCGGGAGACUGGGCUCAUCGGUUUUACUAUUCAGCCCAUUGAGGGGGAAUUAUUCAGAACGAGGCAAACGCGACGAAGAGAGUGGCAUGGCAUGGUCAUGUCAAAUAACAGUCUUGUGCUAAAUGGAAUAUGAAAUCAUAAAAAUGCACUUAUUCAGGACGACAUGGCAAAAUUACUCCAUAAUGGUCAAAACUGUUGACUUCACCUUUACUGUCGCACCUCCUGAACGAUUUUUUAUGACACCUAAAUCGGACAUAUGUCAUUUCCCUUCCCCGGCUUCGGAGAAUGUAAACAAACCAAGAGGCGUGACAGCUAGCUGACAUGCUAACCCGAACCGAGUGAUGUUUCAAAGUCUUCGAAGCGGAAAAUCACACAUAACUAGCCCGGAUUAUUUGACAUGACGACUGGGUUGUCGAUUGUCUCCGCGGAUCGGCAAACCGCCCGGCGGAGAGCAAUUUACAGUUCAUUCCCCGGAGGAGGGCGGCUGCAGUUGUUGUGCAGCUAACGUGCAGCUAAUUUGCAUGAGGAGAGCUUUUUAUAUGCCUAUCAAUGAUCAAACAUAAUUAGUCCUUAAUUGAAAGAAAGUUUGUAGUGUUUACGUUGUAAUUGCUGUAUUCGUAUUUGACAUAAUACAAAACAAGAUGUUUACUCACUUCCUCGUUUAAGUCCAAUGGUCCCACAGUAGUCGGGCUUGUUUUGGCCAAUAUCCAUGGUGAAUGGGAACCUUUUGAAACUCCAAAAAGGCGCACACGCCUCUCCCUCAUAAAGCAAGAUUUUUCUGCUGGCGUGAUGCGAAAAAUAAACGUAUUAAUCUGCAAAAUCAGCUGAAUCCUUCGUCCUCAUACACAACAGUACCGCUGUUUAGUGAAGAGGACGCCUUCACCCGUACACGUCACAGCGCCCUCCUCCUCAAUGCAAGACCGAAGCCGGAAGUCACUCAUUUUCAUGGCGCGGGAUUCAAAAAACUAAAUAAAUAUAGCGAUCGCUUCCACACACAUCCAAGCGGUCCAUAUCAUUCAGGAGCAUAAAAUACCGCGUGUAUUAUCAAAUAAACACGCUUUUUCUUGUCACAUGCACUUUAAAGUGCUUUAAAAUAAGGUUAAGUACUGUAUAUUGCCGCUAAUGCUAACAGCAUUGUCAUCUGUAUUGUUCUUUUAUCUGCCAUAAGGGUACAGAUAUCAAGUUAGCAUGUGGAGGUAUAAGCACUAUUUAAUAUGUCUAAUGCAUUUAUGACGCUAAUCAGGCUUAGCGAAGCUGGGUCAGCUUUGUGUCGGCCUAUGUGUGAGCAGACGAAUGCGUCAGCCUUGAAAACGGACUCUGAGGUUGGACAAACUACAACUCAUGGGAAUUGUAACACUUUGUAAUUCCAAAGGUAUGUGUAAAAUUAACUCUUUUCAGUGCUAUUGACGAUGAUAGACGCCCAAUCGUGUGGCUAUUUAAAUGAGUUUAACGCUAGUAGACGCCGUCAAUGGCGGGAAAUGAGUUAACUUGACUGACCAGAGCAGUAGAUGAGUUCCUCCUCCGCCUUGGUCUAGGAUGCAGACCCUGAGACCACACGUUCCCGUCCCGCGACCCGCUUACUCCCAAGCCCGAGAAAACCUUGUAAAGGCCAUUCCAUCCAAGUUGCUGUGUCUGCUGGCCUGUGGAGGAGUAGACUGCCGUUAUGAAGGACCGGAGUGUUGGAAAGCCAACCAGCAGGUCAUCAGAGGCAUUUUCUCAUCAUGGGUGACUGACGAUAUCAUCGCCAUGGCUCGACCAUCCAAAAGUCUUAUCGACAAGUACAACAUCAUUGAGCAAUUUCAAAGGUUAAACAUCAAAUCCAUCAUAAACAUGCAAAUGCCAGGAGAGCAUGCUCACUGUGGACCACCUUUAGACCCCAAAAGUGGCUUCACGUACUCGCCGCAGAGCUUCAUGGAGAAUGACAUUUACUUUUACAACUUUGGGAUGCCGGACUUCUGCGUGUCUUCCCUGGUCAGCAUAAUCGAUGGGGUGAAGGUGCUGGCUUUCGCAGUGGGGGAAGGGAGGGUCGCCGUACAUUGCCACGCGGGCCUCGGCAGAACAGGCGUCCUGAUAGCCUGCUACCUUAUCUACACUUUGCGCAUCAGUCCCAGCGAGGCCGUCCACUACGUACGGAUCAAGAGGCCGCGCUCCAUCCAAACGCGAGCGCAGAUCAGCCAAGUAUUUGACUUCGCCCGUCUGCUCGCCACGCAGCUGGUUCAAUACCCGGACCUCAGCCUGCGGCACGGAGCCCCGGUUACCCUGCAGCACUAUCUCAACCGCCAGGCGCUCCUGCUGCAUGGCCAGGAGGCCCGCACGCUCAGAUACAUACCCAAGGUGGUGUAUCUUCUAUGCGUACACCUCUGCUGCUUGGCUAUGGGACUUCCGGCAGCCCCAGAGAUAAACGCAGAACUGGAGAAGCGAUUGGCACUGAGGAUCCUGACUAGAGUCGUGAGGGACACCCUGGAGGCCAAACAGUUCCUGCCCUUGCUGAGGGAGCGUCACAACCUCCCGCGAGUGGGCUCGGGUUCCGUGUCCUCCUGGGAUGAACCGCUUGGAUUCUUAGAGAGGAAGAAUCCGGAGAAGCUUCUGGACAAACGCAGCUACAGCGACUCUGACCUCCGCAAGAUGACACUCGAUGAGGACCUGGAAAUGAGUCUCUGGCGUGAACUGGAUCUAAUAGGACCUGAUCUGAAACCACUGAACACCAAGAACAUCUCGAUUUCACCCGACCUGAUCAACAAGAAGCACUUUCAUACGUAUGUUCUUCAGCGAAGCCACAACUCAGCUCAGAAUUGUAUGGCCAAGAAGGCUCACGCCAAGUACAGCUCAAACAUUGAGUUGUCCAAAAGCGCACGAAAUCCCCGUCCGACCUCGGUGGCUCGCAACAUUGCCAGGGCGAUGGCGGACCAAGGUCCAAUAGAAGACACCGUUCUGCAACGAUUGACUCUUCUUCAGGAGGAGCUGAACAGCAGCGAAUGUGGCUGGGCUCUUGUGGUGACCGAGUCGGAUCCUCGGGUUCUUACGUGUCUGCUGUGGACCUGGUUAGAGAAGCUAAAAGAACCCGUUCUUGGAGCGGAAGAUCUCGUCAGGUUGAGUUGUGCUGGAAGCAACAAGAAACCACUUGCAGUGCUCAAGAAGUCACAGAGGCACACCAUCUAUUGUCUGUUGAGCUGCGUAAACUCAGUGACCAGUCUGUGUCCACACAGAGAAGAAGCAAUCCUGCGACGGCUGAUAAGAGCACUGACAAAGCGGCCUCAGGAGGACGUGGAAAGCCUUGCAAGUUUGGCAAAUAUCCUGAGGACCCAUUUGAGAGACACAUCCCGCAACAGCACUUGCAUCCGGAGGGCCUGCAGUUGGGACACGACACUUUGAAUCAUUAACACUGUUAAAUAAUAGCUUACUGUUAGCAUUGGUUUGAGAUUUUCUUAUAUGAAUACACUGUUUUAAAACAAGCACAAGUCAUUGUGCCCACCAGAUCAAAAUGUUACGCUAGAACAGGGAUGUCAAACUCAUUUUGAACAUUCGUUCAUUCGCCCCCUACGAGUCAAAAUGAAUUGGACGUCUCUCGUUGUCAAUGGCAGUCAAUAUGUGAAGAUACUCAUUUGCUUACAAGAAUGUUGCAAUCACAGUGUUGUUGUCACAGUGCAAAAAUAAUAAAAAUAAACA